AUGAGUCCAGAUUCCAGAUUCGAGUCCAGUACAGAGGCCAGAUUCCAGUCUAGUACAGAAUCCAGAUUCGAGUCCAGUACAAAGGCCAGAUUCCAGUCCAGUACAGAGUCAAGAUUCCAGUUUCCAGUUCAUCCAGUACAGAGGCCAGAUUCCAGUCUAGUACAGAAUCCAGAUUCGAGUCCAGUACAAAGGCCAGAUUCCAGUCCAGUACAGAGUCAAGAUUCCAGUUUCCAGUUCAGUACAGAUUCCAGAUUUCAGUCCAGUAAAGAGUCCAGAUUCCAGAUUCCAGUCCAGUACAGAGGCCAGAUUCCAGUCCAGUACAGAGUCCAGAUACCUUGGUCCCCCAGUACAGAGGGGGUUCAGAUUCCAGUCCCAGUUACAGAGCCAGAUUCCAGCCAAGCACCAGAGGCCAGGGGAUUCCAGUCUAGUACAGAGUCCAGGAUUCCAGCCAAUACAGAGUCAAAGAUUUUUCCAGAUUCCAGUCCAGUACAAGAGGCUUUAGACUCCAGUUCAGUACAGACUCCAAAGAUUUCCAGUCCAGUUAAAGGAGGUCCAGGGGCUUCCAGAUUCCAGUCCAGUAUAGAGUCCAGAUUCCAGAUUCCAGAUUCCAGUCCAGUUCAGAUUCCAGAUUCCAGACCAGUACAGAGGCCAGAUUCCAGUCCAGUACAGAGUCCAAAUUCCAGUCCAGUACAGAGUCCAGAUUCCAGUCCAGUACAGAGGCCAGAUUCCAGUCCAGAGCGCAGCUCCAUCAAUCCACUCUAG